CGGCCUCUCGCCUUUAAGGAGCAGCUGGGCUCCCGCGAAAAGGGCGGGAACCGAACUCCGACCGGAGCAGCGAGCUGCAGCCGUCCCGGGGACCGGCCCCCCCACCUCCCCUCCCCGCCCGCCGCCCCGCGUCCGUCCCCGGGGCCAGGGGGUCGCUCCGGCCUCGAUGCCUCCCGCCGGGGGUCGGGUGGCGCCCGCGGCGGUAGGUCCCGGGGCCCCGGCGGCCGCCGAGCUGAUGUGAAGUUUGUGCGGGACUUGGCGACGGCAGCCGGGCGGCUAUUCGGCCAUGGGAGGCAAGCAGACGAAGGGGAGGCCGCGGGCGGGCUCGGCGGACGCCCCGGACCUUGGCCUGGGCGGCAGGAGGAAGCCGCUGGCCCCCGAUAGGGGCGACCUCCACCCGGCCCUUGGGCUGAAGGCGGAGGAGCGGCGCGGGAGGGCCGGCCCCCCGGCCCCCUACCAGAGGCGGGUCGGCCUGAUCCAGGACCUGGUCAGCCUGGCCAAGCAGGGGAGGCAGCAGGAGGCCGCACAGCUUCUGCGGAGCCUUCGACAGGAUCUGGGGAUGGAGUCAACCUCGCUGGACGACGUCCUGUGUAGAUAUGCCAGCUUCCGCAACCUGGUGGAUCCCAUCACUCAUGAACUGAUCAUCAGCUUGGCCCGCUACAUCCACUGCCCCAAGCCGGAGGGAGACUCAGCUGGAGGGCUGGAGAAGAUCUGUCGGCAGCUGACCCACCACCUGAGCCCACACUCUCAGUGCAAACGUCAGGGAUUCCUCAAACGCAAGCCCCAGGCCUGUCUGAAAGCAGCCCUGUCUGGGAGUCCGCCAAGCGACAGCGUGGACCUGUCAGGAAUCGCACUGACUGUGCGGGACCUGCAGCGCGUGGCUCUGUACCUGCAGCGUUGCUGGGAGACGGUGUGCAGCGUGGAGCUGGGCUUCACCGAGCUGACAGACGAGGGGUUCCUGCAGCUGCUACCCACCCUGGCCUCGCUGCCCAACCUCUGCAAUCUGUCUCUGAACGGCAACAAGCUGACCAGGGCCAUCCUGCGGGAGCUGACUGACACCCUGAAGGACCUGGAGAAGUUCCCCAGCAUCACCUGGAUCGACCUGGGCAACAAUGUGGACAUCUACUCACUGCCCCAGCCCUUCCUGGUCAGCCUGCGGAGACGUUGUCCCAAGCAUGGCAACCUUCCCACCAUCCUCGAGUUCGCUGAGAGCCAGGGCAGUGAUCUGGAGGAUUCAGAAAGCGACCUGUGUGGACAGCUGAGCGAGGGGGCAGUGCCAGACCAGAAGCCCCUGCUGGACAUGGCUGCUAGGUGUGAUGGCUCGGAGGGUGAGGGGGCUGCAGGCGAGACUGGUGAGCUGGCAGGACACACCUGACAUAUACGGACCUGUGGUGGCAAAUCGGGCAGAUGAAGUGCAGGUGUUGGAGGUGUCAGGUUGUGGGGCAGGGAUGGACUGCAGGCUCCUUUGUCCAGACACCUCAGUUGUGAGCCCCUCCAGAUGGGGAUCUGUGAUUUCUAGUGCCUCUUGUACAUGCAGCUUGUCUUCUGCCUUGACUGUGCACCACAACAACCCUCUGUGUCCGCGGUGAGCUGUGGUUCAUUGACUCUCGACCAAUGGCCCUUAUCCUGAUUGUUGUGUGGGAGUCUAGCUCCCUGGGAUGGCUUGAUGAUUGGAUUGGUACAUGCAGGUCAUUGCAGGAUGGUACUUACACAAGACGUGGGCCACCUGGCUGUUUGCCCUGACCAGCUCCACUGGUCUCUGCUCCAUGUGGGAGCCCCUGCCUCGGGAGCUGAUUGAGUGGGUUUUUCCCUCUGACACCAGCAUUCAGUCACUGACCAUGCAGAGUCCCACUGGAUUGGGCCUGAAGCCUAUGGGGACAGACCAGGGGGUCUGAUGCUGUCCUUGGCUUUGUUCCAGCAGCCCAUGGCUCUGUCCCCAGUGUGUGUUGGUGUUUGGCUGGUGCGGGGGAUCCCUGUCUCUGUAUUGGUCAGUGUUGGACCAGCAGACUGGUCAGGUGACCUCUAGCCCCACCCUGUGCUCUGGUGGAGCAGCUGCUCUGGCACCAUGGUUACUUGUGGGGUGGGGGGGGGGAGGGGGCAUUGACCUCUGAGUCCUUCUCAUCCCUCUGUACAGCUGAGACACCGUCCUUCUCGGAGGGAGCACAUUUCCUCAGUUGCCCCAACCCUGACCGCCCCAGUGGAGGACCAAGAGAUGGUACUGGACCCCCCCCCAAAUUCCUGACUGUCUUGGUAUGGGAGCUGCUCUGAUCAACCCCUUGGUGACAUCCUAUGGGGCUGUGACACUCCCCAUCCACUGGCAGUGGUGGUCACCAUUCACUCACCACCUCUCCUCUGUCACUUGGUCACAGUGAGUUUAAAGCAGAAGCCAUUAGGCCCUUCCUAUCUCUGACAGCCACAAAUGGGACCACUGGCCUACUCCCUCUUCCCUGCUCCCCUCAGUGCUGCUGGGCAGGACUCCCAUCUCCCCACCAAGGGGUUCACCUGUCCUGCACAGCAGUCUCCCCACCCCCAGAGUCUGAUUUCCCCCUCAGCAACAUCUGGCAGUGUGGUAGUUUCCAGCUGUGCCCUUCUAACCCAGGCCUCCACUUCCCCAGGCCCCUCUCCUGAUACCAACCCUCUCCUCUCCUUUCCACUACCCUGCUGUUGGGCAAAUCUCUGCUGUCUGACCCCACUGUCAGUCUCAGGGCCCAGGUCUGCGGUUGUCACAGCCUUGCCCGUCCCACCUUUCCCCCAGUCGUGUGUUCCUUCUCCUGAGCACUCCACAUGGACUGCCCACCCCUGGCAGCUGUGCCUUCAACUGGUCUUGGCUCUGGAAUUCCCACCAGAAACCUCGCUGCCUCUUGAUCUAUUGGCUCCAGUGUAGCCGAGCUUUAACUGGCCUGUGGCGAUCUCCUGGAUUUGGCUGUCUGUUUCUGCUCAGGAUGUUGUUAAAAGUUCAGUGUAAAUACAAGUUAGUUCUGACAUAGCUCCUGAAUGUCUGUCUGUUUCACCACUGGAGGUUCUAACACCAGCAAUGUCACCGGUCCUUAGAAUCUGACCUACUCCUGCCUCAUGAUUGACCUCUUCAUGUACUCCUAACAGGCAGGUGUGGGUUUGCCCACAUCCCACCAUUGAUCUAUCUCCUUCCUGUACUCCGACUCAUCGCUGUUUGAGAUAUGGCCUACAAUGGUGGUAUCAUCUGCAAACUUGUAGAUGGUUAGCAGAAUCUGGCCACAUAGUCAUGAGUGUAUAGGGAGUAGAGGGCUGAGGACGCAGCCUUGUGGGGCACCAGUGUUGAGAAUAAUCGUGCCGGAGGUAUUGCUGCCUAUCCUCACUGAUUGCGGUCUGUUGGUUAGAAAGUCAAGGAUCCAUUUAGAGGUAGGUGUUGAGUCCAGGUCUCUGAGUUUGGUAACAAGGUUUACUUGGGAUUAUUGUAUUGAAGGCAAUAAUGUCCUUACUGUCCAGAUGCUCCAGAGCUGAGUGUAGGGCCAGGGAGAUGGCGUCCACUGUAGACCUGUUUUGCCGAUAGGCGAAUUGCAAUGAGUCCAGGUUGUCUGGGAGGCUGGAGUUGAUGUGUGCCAUGACCAACCUCUCAAAGCACUUCAUGAUGGUGGAUGUCAGUGCCACUGGUCGGCAGUCAUUGAGGCAUGUUACCUUGCUUUUCUUUGGUACUGGGAUGAUAGUGGUCUUCUUAAAACAGGAGGGAAUCUGAGAUUGAAGCAGGGAGAGGUUAAAUAUGUCCACAAAUACUUCUGCCAGCUGAUCAGCACAAGAUCUGAGCACACAGCCAGGGACACCAUCUGGGCCAGAUGCUUUCCUCAUGUUCACUCUCCGGAAGACUGAUCUUGCGUCCUCAAUGGUGAUCACAGGUUCAGUUACAUUGGAGGCUGUCAGGGUGGGUGGUGACAAUCCACUUCCCUUCUGUUCAAAACGCACAUAGGAUGUGUUCAGUUCAUCAGGAAGGGAUGCACUGUUGUUAACUAUGCAGCCCAACUUCGUCUUGUAGCCUGUUAGGGCAUGUAAGCCCUGCCAUAGCUGAUGGCUGGUCAGGGACUCUAUUUUGAGUCAGUGUUGCCUCUUAGCAUCCCUGAUAGCUUUCCAAAGGUCAUAACUGGAUUUCUUGUACAGAUCAGGAUCACCAGAUUUGUGUGCAGCAGUCCUCUCCUUCAGUAGGGAGUGGAUCUCCCGGUUCAUCCAUGGUUUCCUGUUUGGGAACAUCCGUAUUGUUGUCUUUGGUACACAGUCCUCCACACACUUGCUGAUAAAGUCUGUGAUGGUGACAUACUCAUCAAGGCUGGCAGCUGAGUCUUUGAACAUGGACCAGUCCACUGUCUCAAAGCGGUCGCACAGGAGUUCAUCUGCUUCCUCAGACCAGCACUGCACGACUCUGUACUGGAUCCUCCUGUUUCAGUUUCUGUUUGUAUGCAGAGAGAAGGAGCAUAGCCUUGUGGCCUGAUUUCCCAAAGUGAGGACGAGGGGUGGCUCAGAAGGCAUCUUUGGUUGUAUAGUAGUGGUCAAGGGUGUUGGUGCCCCUGGUGGAGCAGGAGAUGUGCUGGUAGUAUUUUGGUAACACACUCUUGAGGUUGGCCUGAUUGAAGUCCCCUGUGAGGACCUCAGGGUGUCCUGUCUCAAGGUUGUUGACCACGGAGUAUAGCUCAUUUGAGUGCAGGCUUCAUGCCCAUCUGUGGUGGGAUGUAGACUACCAUCAGGAUAGCUGAAGUGAACUCCCUUGGCAGAUAGAAUGGUCGACACUUUGCUGUUAGAUAUUCAAGGUUGGGUGAGCAGGAGCUCGCCAGGACCGUCAUGUCUAAGCACCACAAGUUAUUGAUUAAGAAGCAGACCCCUCCGCCUUUAACUUUGCCUGAGGACGCUGUAUGGUCCAUUCGAUGAAUUGAGAAGCCCUCAGGUUGAAUAGCACAGUCAGGUGAGGCAGGUGUGAGCCACAUUUCAGUGAGACAUAGUACACAACAGUCCCUCAGUUCUCUUUAGUAGGUCAGUCUUGCCCUUCAUCAACUUUGUUCUCAAUGGACUGGACGUUAGCUAGUAGUAUGCUGGGGAGGGGGGUCUUGUAUCCAUGUUGUUUCAGCCUUGCCUGCAGCCCAGCCCCCUUGCCACAUUUCCAAGAUGCGCAGUGGCGACUCUUAGGUCCUGAAGUGGAGCCACCAGGUAAGUUAUUGUUUAGGGUCAGACCUGUAAGACCUGGAGCGGAUUCCCCUGGACUGGAAGGUAAGUGACUGCCAGUGAACAGACUUGGAAGACCUGGAGUGGAGCCAUCUGGACUUGGAGGUAAGCUUGGAAGACCUGGAGUGGAUUCUGCUGUCUUGAGGUAAGUUGUUGCUUUCACAUAGGUUUAAGUGUCCUGAAGAGGAGUGAGCUGCCUCAGCAGGUAAGUAGUGGCAUCUAGGGGGGCCUCAGCAUUAGGACUUGGCCCCAGGUGCGCCAUAGGGUCAGACUUCCAAUCUGGAGGGGUCCCGGUGUCGUGCCCCGGCUGGUCAGGCCUCGCGUCGGGUCGGGCCUCGGCCUUGCGUCACCUCUGGCCUCAGCCUUGUGUCGGUUCUUGGCGUCGGGUGCUCCAGUGGGGUCCAGGAGUUGGGUCACGGCGUUAUGGGGUCCGGGAGUUGGGUCUUGGCGUUGGGCGCUCCGGUAGGGUCCAGGAGUCUGGUCUUGGCGAUGGGGGCUCCGUGGGGACGUCUGCUCACCCUGCAGAGGCUUCCAUGUGGACGGGCUCAUCCUAGGCCACACUGUCAGUUUCCCUCUGGGUCCGAGAGUCGGGUCUGCUUCGUAGUCGUUCCUGGAGGUCGGAAGAUUGCCAGCCCUGUAAGAAGAUUUAAAAGAACAUUAGUAAUAGUUAGUGACGUAGAGUUUAAAUUUAAAGGGUGGAACGAUUAUAGUAAGGGUAAUGAGUAGAUCUGUAGAGAGCAGCUUACAACAAGUUGCCAUGCUCUGGUGCCAUCUUGGAAGCUUAAUCUGUGUACAAAUUAAUAAAUUUGUUACAGGGCACUGCCCUGUGCAGCAGCAUCGACCCCAGGUCCCUGAUGUACAUGGGAAGUACACCCCUGUAAAGGGACUUUCACUGGGGAUCCCCCUCACACCCAGGUGGAAAAACUGACUGCCAUGGUGUGUCGGGACAGUGGACAAGGGUGGGGGUGUGGAGCAGCAGCCCAUACAGAUAUCUCCUACCUGCAUCCCAGAAGGGUACAGUUGGUGCUGAUGAAAGAUGGCUCAAGUUGUGUGGGGCUGGCUCCUGGAUAAGAUUCUGGGGCCUGGGCCCAACAAGCAGCUCUAGCUGAGCAGCUGGAGUUGCUCCACACACCCGAGCUGCACUCCUACCUGAUGAGGUAGGACGGGUAGCCCGUUCUCUCAGCCAUCCACCAGCAGUGGGGGCUCCUGGCUAGAGGCCACUAUGUUCCAGGCUCAGCAGGUCCUGAUAAAAUCUGGGCAGCCUCCGCAGAGCAGCACGGCUGACGCCCGCCGGCAGUAGCCGCGUCACCUCAUGAAGGCAGCUGCCCUGCCGGAGAAAGUACAUUGCCAGCACGUGCCACCUGGGAGAGUGCUCAGCGUACAGGAAUCUCUGCAGGUCCUGAGGUGGAGAGUUGCCAGCCGUGCACAUACACACACCAGCGACUGUCCGCCCUCCUCCAUCAGGUGACUCAGGACUGCCACAGAGACCUGGUCAAGGGAGAGAAAUGCUACUGGGGACCCAGUCUCUUGGAUCAGGUGGAUCAGAUCCUGGACCAGGUGGAUGUUGUCCUGAAUGGACCAGCCUGGGACUGUAUAGGACUGGUUGGGAUGAUUAUCUGUUGCAGCACAGUAUCAAGAUGGUUGGCCGUUGCCCCGGGCUAAGACCUUGUAGUCCGUGCACAGGAGAGAUCGGCUGUCAGUUCUUCAACAGGCGGAGGUCUCUCUUGGGUGACAGGACCACAACAGCUCUCCGCCACGAAAGGGGCAUCUCUCCGGUGGCCAAGCUCUCCCCCAGGACAAGGACAUAAUUGUCCCCCAGGACAUCUCAAAGCCUGAAGGAACUCGACUGUCAAGCCAACUAGGCCGGGGACUUGCUCCUCUGGUGUUACCGAAGAGCUGCAGACAGCUCAGCCCAAAUCGGGAGCGUCCAGCAACCACACCGCACACGGUGAGAACCUGUGGAGAGAACCCCUGCUGCCAUUCACACUAAGGUGUAACUCAUGUCAGGAGCACACGAGGCCUUGGCACCCUUGCCCUUCCAGGUGAGAGCAGAGCUGCUCUUCACCUUGCAACCCCCAGAAAACGUGUGACCGCUCUUUGCCCUGCAGGCUCAAGUAGUGCCAGAGCCACCUGGUGACCCCCUACCCUCCAAAGGAGUGUGGUCACUUCUAGCCCUGAAGUCCCUCUUUAGGUCAUCCAGGAAGGUGUUAAGCUGGUGCCUAUGAUUCCCGGUCACCUUCCCUUCCCCUUCUGUCUGAGGGCCACACGCAGUGACCUUACCAGCCUCGUUAUGCUAUCCCAGCAUAGGGAGGCUAAUUUAGGCUGAUUCUUUGCACAUUCAGAGGUCAGAAUAAACUGCAUCUCCUCCACAGGUAUUAAUGGGGACCUAUUGGGAGGGGCAAGGAUAUCCAUUAUCUCACUGUCAAAAGAAUCCCCUCACUACAUGUGGAGUUCCCAGUUUCCUCCCUGUGUGAACUAGCAAACGCCAGCUCACCUGUCCCACACUGCAGCGGGAACCUCAGCCCCACCUGCCGACUCCACCUCUGCCCGUCCUAUCACUAGGAACGGCUGCAGAGGGGCUUUCCCCCAAAAUAUCUGUGGAAUCAUGGUGCAAUAAUGCCGGCAUGAUGGGGACAUCCCUCACCUCAGGAGCUGGGCCUGAGGAGCACCCCAAUGACUCGAGUGCUAGGGGUCCAGAUCCUGAGGGAGGGUAGGGCUGGUCUCUGCCUCACCAUUCACUCCAGUUACUCCCACCCCUAAGGAGGUGCUAACCACCAAGUACUGGGUGGAGGGUUCCAGGGCUGUCUCAGCUGCUAUGCUCAGGGCAAUGCCACCACCAGCAGUGGAGAUGUCCCACACAAUAUCACUGGGGCUAUCCCCUUCCCCACUCACCACAGGGGGUAUCACCAGGGUGCGAGGCUGCAGCUGGGGAUUCAGGCUGGGGACUAACCUCCACAGUGGGUCCCACCCCCUCCAAAACUCCUGCUCAUCUGCACCCUCCACCCCACUAGGAGAAAGAAUCCUCUUCAGGCUGGAGGAACACACUGAUGUAGGGACCACCGGUUCUCUGGCAGCCCCGAUUACCAUCAUCCCUUUCACCCGCACACUCCCCACAGACCCCUGGUACGAGGCACAGGGGCAGGCGUGAGCUCUGCAUCCCUGGGGAUUUGCUUCCCAAGGUGCUUGCUCUUCUGCACCUUCCUGGUCCAUGUUAGCUCCUCCCCAUCCCUCCCUACACCCAUGCUACACGCAGCCUCGGGCUCUCCCACUUGAUCCAUGGGGGAGGUGGAGUAGGGACAGUUGUGCCAAAGGUGAAAACCUUGGGCCAGGAGUUGGGACAGUCCCUCCGAAAGUGCCCCACCUCCCCAUAGGCACGGCACCGCAGCCGCUCAGAGCUCCAGUACACCUGGUAGCUUGCCCCUUCAUACCAUACAGUGAACCGACCCUCUGUCCUCCUCCCGGGCCAACUGCAUAAACAGCUGGUGCCGGAAAGAGAACAGUGCGGAGGGUACGGCGCUUAAAUUUGUAUUGUAUGGCAAUGAUAUCAGACUGUAUCUGUCCCAAGAUGGGGAAGGAGGGCCUCAUUGGGAAUGAAGGGCCUGACAUGUCCAAGGACAAUCUGCUGUGUGGGAGCGGUCACCAGUUUCAGCUGCAGGAAAGUCUUGUCCACUAUGAGCACCCUACUGAGGGCCCGAUGCACCAGGUCAUCAGUCUGCAGGUAAAACACAACCUUUCCGAACUCCUUUUCAGAGGCCAGCAUGCCACCCACACCAACCAAGUCCUCCAUGGCCUCCAAGCAUGCUUCCAAGGUUAGUCCAGGGGGCAAAAUGCAUUGCACCCCACAGUUAAGCUCUGCUGACCGAAACAGGGCACUGUCAGAGGGGAUAGAGGCAACUGCCUUUGCACAGUCCCUCAGAAAUUUGUAACUCCCAGGUGACCGAUCUGGCAUGGUGGCACUACAGUCUGAAAUGGAACGAAAACAAUAGAACAAACAUUGCUGAAGUCUAGGUGAUAGUCAUCAAAAGCCAGUGGUGUUCCUAGGUGGAACAGUUUGGAACUUCUCGCUGCUCCCUUAGGUCCCACUGCAUCAGCAGAUCCUGUCAGUCCAGCUGCCUUGAGGUUGUGGGGCCCCACAAAAAGCUGGAUAAUAUUGCUGUCAGCCCCAGAUUAGCCUUUCCUAAUGAGACAGCAAGAUGGAAAGGAAUCUUCUGUCAUUGUGGCAGUAGGAAACCCCACACUUGAUGGCCCUUUCUUGGCAAGACAGCAGCUACUUCCAAUGUCAGGAAGGGCUCUGCCAGUCCCGAAAAAUUCCAAGCCCACAAAAGGUCGAUGUCCAAGGAAUACUCCUACACCCACACCAACAGAGAGACACGAUGAGGCAAGAGGGAGGGGGUUCCUCCAAUGUCAGUGGGAAGCAAAUGAUGAUUCCCUCCCUACCCUAGGAGUAAAACAGAUACGUGGCAAAAUGCCAGUCGCUGCGGUGAGAGAACUGCACAGUUAGCCGCCAACAAAUACUAGACUGUGAUAAACUUCAACAGAAGCUCCCACAGUGGAACAACCUCUUGCUUAAGGUGUUCAGGAGUCCGGCUGCACCUCCUACAAUGUUUCAGGACAACUUUAUCCAAAGGUUUUCUUUGUUUCUCCCAGCUUGAUCAGAACAGCUCCACUUUGUGACUGACCCCAGGAGUGUGUGAUGGGAUAGUGCGGAGGGAGCUUCACCCUGUGUCUGACCCCAGGAGUGUGUGACGGGAUGGUGCGGAGGGAGCUUCAGUCUAUCUAAUACAUCUGCUAACAUUUGCCAACCCUGCCUCAGCUUGUAUGAAGAGAAUAUCCCUGUUUAAUAUUUGGUAUAAAAACCUGAUGCCUGGCAAACUGCAGUGACCAGGUGAUCCUGGUCAGUAUUUGAUCUGGUUUUAAGCCCCAGAUUAGAAGGUGAUCGGCUUCCUGUGAUUUGAGCAGAAUUUCCAGUGAAAGAGAACUUGCAUUUCAUUCGAUGAGUGAAGUGCUGCUGUUGCUGUGAAGUGGGCACAGCAGCUGUUUCGCAGACAGUGCAGUGCAGGUACAGCAAGUGAGGAGGGCCAUGUGGUGUGAGUGGAGGGAUAAAUGUGCCCAGUGGCCCUCUGUGCUCUCUGGUUGUCCUUCCCCUGGGUGGGAGACAGGGCCUUACCUGGACACAUCUCCCUGAGGAUGCAGACCCACAGUUGUGCCCAUCUAUUGGUUUUUGGGUAUCUGGGCACCACUGGCAAGGACAGCAUCUAUUGCCAAUCCCUGAGUGCCCUUGGGAAAGUUUCUGAAUACAUUGCCCAUGUCCUUGUGUGUUUUCCUGAUGAUCCAAGGAUGAUGGAUGUGGCCCAGAUGAUCAAUUUGCCUGAAAACUGCUGGGCUGAUUUGUCAAACAGUGUAUUUUUAUCCCUGCCAAUUUUACUGGAGGUGGAAUAAAAUGGCUAAACUUA